CUCCUGUCUGUCAUACGUGUGUUAGUGUGACUCAGGGUCUCCACACAUUGUGAGCAUAGCAGAGAUCCUUCGAGCUGCCUGCUCAUGUCUAACUUUAUUGCAGGAGCCUGAAGUGGGAUUCUUUCUGUCUCUCUCUCUCUCUUUCUCUCUCUCCCCCCCCCCCUUCCUUGCAGCUGAGCAGAGGGGGUUGACCAAUUGCCAGCAGCUGUUGCUCAUUUCACAAUGGUCCCGCCCAUACAGUGCGAGGCUGGCAGUGCUGUUCCACACACUAGAUGAGCAGCAGCAGCCAGAGCUCCCAACUUAGAGGAAUAUGUCUCCAGCCAUCACGAAGGACGGACUGAGACCUCAGAGCACAGAGGACUUUCUACCGUUGUGCUGAGAGAAGCCCAGAGUGGAGCCCAGAUCCUGUUGUGGGCUAAUUAAAUCCCCAGGAUAACGCCUUCCCUUUCCCCUGGAUCACCGAAAAACCACAACUUGUCCUGAGUGGGACGUCAUCCUGGUCUGGCUCUUCACCCUCCGUCCUCUGCCUCCUCAUGUUCCUCCAGACGGAGAGGAGGGCAGGGCGAGCACACGCGGCCCACCGGCCGCCGCCGCACGCUUCCUGACGGGCCAUGGCGCUCCAGAGGAGGCUGGCGCUCGGCGCGUUGACCGGCGGCUCCCUGCUGGUUAUCUACUUCCUGUGUAGGUACCUGGAGAACCAUUUGUCCUUUGUGCCUCUGAGACAGUGCCACGGCCCCACGCAGAGACCCAGCAGCUCACAAGACUCUCCGGCCAGACAGAGCAACAGUGACCAGUGGAGCCACCCGGCCCACACCUCCACCCUUCCCCCAGAGCUCUCCUCUGGAACAGUUCUGCCUAAGCACCCGCAGACUCCCACUCCAAAGACUCAAACAGCCACAGCUGCUAAACACAAACCAGGAAAGAACAAUUCCCUGGACAACUUAAAGACAACAGAGGCUCCCUACAUCGGAGACACUUACAUGAGAGAAGUCAUCCAACCACAAACCAACUGCUCCGACAGUAUCCGAAGUCGGAUCACCAAAACAGAAUUGAGCGGACGGUUCCUGAAAGACGUUCCUGUCCUGCAGUGGGCCGAACACGUCACUCCUAAACAGCACCAGCGCCUGAGCCGCUACCCAGGAGCACAUGGCUGGGGCGGGAUCGAAUACAAGACAUUGGUGGAAACUCUGUCUGUCCUCAACUCUUCUGCUAACUGGCAGCUGCUGGACGACUGGAAGGAUCUCGGGAAUGAAUCCGAGUGCAUCCGCUGCGCUGUGGUGGGGAACGGAGGGAUCCUGAAGGACUCAAAGAAAGGGAAGGAGAUCGACAGUCAUCACUACGUCUUCAGGACCAACGGGGCAAUCAUUAACGGCUUUGAGCAGGACGUGGGGUCUCGGACCACCCACUACACCUUCUCCACCAACACAAUGAUGAACUCCAUGAGGGGCUACGCCCGCGCCGGCUUUAAAGGACCCCCUAAGUCUAAAGAAACGCGCUAUGUGUUCCUGCCAGAUCACGGCCGUGAUUACCUGCUGAUGAAGGCUGCAGUGACACACACUCUGGUGGAGCAAGGACCUGAGAAAGGCAAAGAUCCAUCCAAGUACUUUGGACAGGACGUGUCGGCAGAAAAGCUAAAGAUGUACCACCCCGAUUUCAUCCGUUACCUCCGAAACAGAUUCCUUCGUUCUAAAACUCUGAAAACCAAAUAUAAGGACAUUUACCGUCCGUCAACAGGCGCUGUGAUGCUGUUGGCUGCGCUGCAUACUUGCGACCAGGUGAGUGCGUACGGCUUCAUGACCCCAGACUACAAGAAGUACUCUGACCACUACUACGACAAAACCAACCACCAAGUGGGCUUCUACAUCAACCACGACCUGCGGAUGGAAAUGACUCUGUGGCAGCAGCUGCACCAGGCGGGGCUCAUACGACUCUACAUGCACAAUGAAGUUAGGUCGAACCAGAAAUAACGUCAUCCCGUCUGUCUGCACACGAGUUAAAGGGAGACAGAUGGACAACUUUUCCUGCCUUGGCUCAAAAUGACUCUGAACUAUUUUGAUCACUUUGAUCCAGACUGAAAUAAUUCUACAAACAUUGGAUGCAUCAUCAUUACUUUUUGUAGAAAUAUCCAAUGCCCUCAGAGGAUGAAUCCUUAAUAACUUUGGCGAUAUCCUGAUUUUAAAUCAACACUUUACGUUCUCCACAAAACUUAAGGGCAUUCCCAGCAACCUGUGCUACUUUGUUUAGCGCUAAUAAGCAAAUGUUAGCAUGCUAACACAAUAACUUAAGGUGGUAAACAUUUCACCUGCGAAACACCAGCAUGUUAGCAUGCUAAUGUUAGCAUUUAACCGAAAGCGCUGCUUUGUCAUAUAAUUCAGUGUUUACGAGCAACGAAAUAGGAGAAAACGUUCACGUCAACCUCAGUUUUAUUUCUGAGUGAGAGGAAUUUUCUGUCAACAAAGUUGGCAGUUGCAUCAACACCAAUACAGUCGAUUCGGUUAAUUUAGAACGAGCUAUACACACUGAAGAUGAGCAAAAGUAGACUAUUUACUAUGUGUGUAAAAGUAGAUACUCUUGAGUAUCACGAUAUGUUUUAUGGUGUGACCGUAGCGAUUCUCCAUAACAUUAUCAUUUUUAAAUUAAUUCUAAAUGUGAAAAGAUUUGUGGCAGAAAGUGUUUUAUUUUGUGUUGGCUUAACAACCGACCGCUGGGUAGCAGUGUUGCAAUCUAUCUUCAGACUUCGGAGUCUUUCACACCAACAUAUGCAUAUGGUGGUGUGUUCUUUAUCUUUGACCUUUUUCCUAAAAUUAGAUAAGUAAUCUCACUAUAGUCUCCCAUUGCCAGACCUACCUCAACAGAGCUCCGGAGGAAGGUCUGGCAAGUCCACACAGCACUCUGGGAUGGGAGAACAGUUUCAGUUAAAAGCACCGCAGUGCCUUAAUACAGCUGAGGGAAGGGCGUUGUCAGUUUCUUUGCACCACUCCUAAUUUUUCUCACUUGUGUCUUAGUUCCUUCCCUUCAGGGUGGAUUUAAGAGAUGCAAAGGAGGAGAGAGAAUGAAAGGAAAUGAGUCGGCCCUGCUCUAGUAAAAUGUAGGAAGUGUUUUAAUGACUGCUGAGGAUGAAAAACAUUAAUCUGAGCGAGACUGCAAGAUGACAAAGUUGCAUCCAACAACAUUUUAAAGGUUUCAAAGGGUCAUUUACACGCUACUACAAACUUAAAGUGUGAUUAAAAUGUCGUUACACUUCGCCCCAAAUUCAUCAAAUCACCAAAACCGUGUUUAUGAGGGUGAGUUCAGAGCGUGUCAUACAAUCAGUCUCUGGCUGAGUUAAGAGUCGUUUCUUGUUACCCUGCGAUACAGUGUGUUGACAAGGGACAAGGCUGCAACUGAGUUGGCCACUUGCUUAAAAUAUCCUGUCUCCCCGCCCUAAAUAGACGGUCAGAGCACUGCUGGCAGUGGCCAAGGUCUAUUCUGACAUUUACUAUAUAUGUUCUCUGUGUACGUGUAUGUCCGUGUGUGUUUGACUGGGACUAAAGAGAUCAUCGUUACACAUAUUGGAACCUGAAUAUGUGUAUUUAGUUUAAGGGAUUUAAUUUAUUUUUUCUUUGUUCUUAUGGUGUUUUAUGCUCACAAGUGCACUUUCUUUUUUCUUUUCUGUUAAUCAAAGUGCCACACUGUGACGAUAAGGACACUGGGCUCUACUCAACUUUUAGUGCCUUUUUUUAUUUUUAAUUUUUAAAUGUGAAUCAGUUAGUUUGGAUGAAACACUGUGGCUGAGGUGGAAACUUCCGAGGUGAUUCAGGACGUUUCCACGACAACGCAAACGAGGAGGACGGUGGCAUUUUCACUCGGUUUGAAUUUCGGGACGGUCGCCGAGGACCGACCUUGUGGAAUGUGCUUCGUCAGUCGCCACACGUGGACUCGAAGCUCCUUAAUAUUUAUUGUUGCCAUUCACCUCAGACUGGACUGAGGCAUCACGAUUAAACCGAUACUUUUAAUUGUAUUAAUAGCAAAGACAAUAUACUGUUGGUCCAAGAUGGAGGGAAGAGAAAAUAAACCAAAGACAAAUCAGGGAAUGUGUGUAUUUAACAUUUAAUUUUGGAGUAAUAUUGAAUCAAUACAUAUUAAUACAAAGUGAGGGUCAUCUGAAAUACUUGAUUACAUUAUUAAUAAGUGUAACCAACCAGGGAAGGUGAGACCUUUUUAUUGUGCAAUUUCUGACUCUGAUUUUGACUUUCUUUUUUCUUUUUAAAUCUGUAUAAAACAAAACUGAUUUUA